CACUCCAAGCCAGGCAGUCGACCACAUGGCCACUGACGCUGAGCUGCAUCCAACACUUCUCCUCCACCUUUUGUCACUCGUGCCUUCACAAACAACAGAAAAUGCGCCUCUUAAGCCCUCCAUGCUGAAACAAACGAACCUUCUAUCGUGUCAGAGUUAAAAGGAGGGAUGAGGACAGAGAGGAGAGAUAGGAGGAAGGAGAGGAGCUGGGAGAGAUGAAAAGCGCAAAUCUAGGAAAACUAUGCGGUAUUCUGGGAGUGACGUGGCUGGUGCAGUAAAAGUUUAAUAAGUGAUUCGUUCGAUCUGCCUCCGUAAAAUUUAUGUUCCCGGAGGCUUCUGUAAGAAUGGACGUGGCGGACUCCCUGCGCUACAGAGAGGCUGUGGCGAGGCUUAAGCAGCUUCUUUAUGACGAGCCGCCGCCUGAGGAGCCGCCCUCGCCCCUCCACCAUCUCCACCACCCGCACCAUCCACCCGGCAGAGGGGACGGCGGAGGAGCGUGGCGGUGGCUCCUGGAAUUGCUGCACCACCAGGAGGACCUCAUCACUCAGCUGGAGAAGGAAAAUGAGUUCCUGAAGAAGGAGGUAGUGUCGGUCGGGGACGGCCUGAGAAAGCUCGCGGAAGACAACCAGGACCUGCACCGCCGCCUCUCCAGCACCCUUACUCAGGCGCUCGAGGAAGCGGGAUCCGAGUCGAUAUCUUCCAGCCCAGCAGCGGGAUCCAUUACCCCCACCGCGGCUCUUUUAAGGCAGAAGGAGGCGCUGCAGGAAGAGGUGGCGAGGAUGGAGGAGGCGUUAGCAGCAGUAUCCCGGCGAGAGAAGGAGGCCCUUACGAGACUCAGCCACGCCCUUGCCCUGGCGGAGCACACACAGGCCCAGACAUCCCAGGUUCGCGCCAGCAGCGAGUCAGCCAUCGAGAAGCUGAGCGCAGACCUGACAACGGCGCAGCAAGAAGCGGGGCGUCUGCGGGCACAGCUUGACGAGGCGGAGGCGCGGAGGGUGCGGGAAGCAGGAGCUAGGGACAGGCAGACGAGGGAAGCGGAGAAUAAAAUUGGGGCACUUAAGGCUGAGCGAGAGGAGCAGGAGCGCAGACUGACUCAGCUACGGGAGGAGGCACGAGAGGCAGACAGAAAGGUUAUCGAUCUAGAAUACGACCUUCAAACUGCAGAGGAGACUAAAAGACGCCUUGAGGACCAACUGGAGGAGCAGAGAAGACACGCCCUGGACGCCACCACGAGACUCGACCAAAUACUCUUAUCGCGCAGCGGGGAGGCAGCGGCGGGGGCAGCACGAGCCAGGGACCUUGAGGAAAGACUUGACGCUGCAAGGGAGGACACGGCCAAACUCCUGCAGGCGGUGACGGCGCUGGCGAAGGGCGGCGGAAGAGUCGGGGAGACGCACUCUACUGACGAUGUAAAGAGUGAACGAUUAGCCGCGGGUCAGGAGCUGCAGGAGGCCCUUGAGGCACUCCACGCACGCCACGAGGAGGACGUGGCGGGGGUGGAGUCAGCAGCGAAGCAUCAGAGUGAAGCCACAGACGCUCUCAGGCAGGAACUGGCGGCCUUGAGGGAGCAGCUGGCAAGAGAUAACGAGACGCACAGACUCAGGCUGGAGGAGAUGGGACGAGGAUUGGCGGCCCUGACUUCAACGACCCCCUCCAGCGCCUCCAUAGGGUUAGAUACGACUACCACCACCACUACUACUACUACGACCACGACUACAGCUGCUACUACUGUCACUACCCCCGCGGACACUACCACUAUCACUUCGCUUCCUGCAGAUAUCCCUACCACUGCCACCAAUUCUGCUGCUGAUACCACACCACCAAACACUACUGACACCAUCAUCACAACCCCCACCAGCACCGUCUCUCCAAGCAAUGGUAGACUGCAGGAAACAAAAGAGGGCGAAGAGGUACCUAAAGAUGAUGGUGAAGAGGAUGAUGAUGGUGAUGAUGAUGAUGGAGGAAAAGAAGAAGCGGACGAGGAGGUACGUAAAGAUGAUGAUAAUGAUGAUGAUGAAGAUGGCGAUAAAUAUGAAGGAAAGGAAGGGGGAAAUAAGGAGAAUGAUACGGAUGAAGCAAAAGGAAACAAAGAGGAGAAAAAAGGUGAUAAUGCGACGGAAAGGAAAGGUGAUAAAGAAGCGAAAGAAGAAAAGAAAACUGAUGAUGAAAAGGGAAAAAAAGAAAAUAAAGACAAAGAGGAAAAUGAUAAAGUGAAGAAGGAAGAAGAUAAGGAGGAGAGAAAGAUCGAAAAUGAGGAAGGUGGAGAGGGCAGAGAGAAGAUUGGAGGGGAAGAGGGAGGGAGGGAAAAGAAGAAAAAUGAAGAGAACACAACAGGGAAUUAUGAGACAGAACAAGGAAAUAAACAAGAAAACAAAACUGAAGACAAUGAAAAAGGUGAAAGGGUUGAAAGCGAAAAGGAGAAAAGUGGAAAAGAAGAGGAAAAAGAAAAGGAUGAAACUGAGAAAAGUGAGAAGAGACAGGGACACAGAGAGAACAGCGAAAAGAACGAAAAUAACGAAGAAUCAGAGACGGGAAAUAACAAGAACAAAGAAGGAAAAGGAGAAACUGAAAACCAAGUGAAAGAUAAAGAAAAAGAAAACGAAGACACAGAAAAGGAAGAGAAAGAAACCGAAGGAAAAGAAAAACAGGAAAAGGAAGAGAGACAAACCGAAGAAAAAGAAAAACAAGGAAAAGAAGAGAAAGAAACCGAAGAAGAAUCACCACCAGACAUGAAAAAAAAAGAGAAACAUGACAAAGUUGAAGAAAACCACGAGACAGAAGACAAGGAAGAAGACAGUGAAUGCGAGAGAUGCACCUCUUACGCGGCUCUCCUGGAAAUCUUAGGGGAGGGUUUGUCGGAAGUCCAGCUGGAAGUAAACAAACAGAGCACCCGUUUGGAUAGACUGGCGGGGCGCUGCGCAGUAAGUGGAUGUGAAGACUGCCUGCGCUACCGUGUCCUGCUGUGGGCCACCUCUGUAAAACUUGACAACGUGGACAAGUACAGUAAUAUGUUAAACAACCGGAUAGAGGCGCUGUCCCAAAGAGUGCUGAGUUACUAGCGAGGGUGCGGGCGUCCCAACAGGAGCGCCAGUGCCUUCUGCAGGAGACGGCGAUGCUGAGGCGAGUGAUAGCAGCAACAGGACCACCACCACCACCAUCACAAUCACCACCACAUUCACCACAUCCAGUACCCAACACCCACAUCCCAUCACCCACAUCACCCAUACACGCUCGCCCCUCCUCGCCAGCCACACGCAUCCUCACUGAAGAAACACGUGAAGAGAAGAACCACGAGAAGGAGGCUGGGCUUGUGUCUCAGUUAGCAGCCGACGAGCUGUUCCGAAACGUCACCGUGGCUCCCGGAGUGACCCUCUUCCACAUGUACCAGUCGCCGUAGCCUAGUUAGUGUUAAAUUGUAGAGAAUCUUCCCCGCAUGUUGUGUUGCCAAGGAAAGACUGCUUGUGACGUCAAUAAAGUGUGAAAGAAA